AUUCUCUCCUGGAAAUGAAUCAGAAGGCAGACCAUCAUUCAGUAGCCAGCAUAUGAUUCAGCAGAGCUUUGUAUAAAAGUAUAAAGUUCAAAAACAACCCCAAAAAAGCUCGGGAAGUAGUGGACUGUUUUUACCCCUCCUGGAAUCACCACUGACAGCAUCCAUGAAGUUCUGACAGAAGAACACGCCAAGAUGACAAAGUAGUGUCUUUUAAAGAGCAGCCAACAACAAGCACAUAGGGAAUCUUUCAACAAAUACAGAAUCCACCUGAGAAUAUGCUGCCACAGAUACCAUUUUUGCUGCUAGUAUCCUUGAACUUGGUUCAUGGAGUGUUUUAUGCUGAACGAUAUCAAACACCCACUGGUAUAAAAGGCCCACAACCCAACACCAAGACACAGUUCUUCAUUCCCUACACCAUAAAGAGUAAAGGUAUAGCAGUAAGAGGAGAGCAAGGUAUUCCUGGUCCACCAGGACCCGCUGGACCUCGAGGGCACCCAGGUCCUUCUGGACCACCAGGAAAACCAGGCUAUGGAAGCCCUGGACUCCAAGGAGAGCCAGGGUUGCCAGGACCACCGGGACCAUCAGCUGUAGGGAAGCCAGGUGUGCCAGGACUCCCAGGAAAACCAGGAGAGAGAGGACCAUAUGGACCAAAAGGACAUAUUGGACCAGCUGGCCUACCAGGACCACGGGGCCCACCGGGGCCACCUGGAAUCCCUGGACCAACUGGUAUUUCUGUGUCAGGAAAACCUGGACAACAAGGACCCACAGGAGCCCCAGGACCCAGGGGCUUUCCUGGAGAAAAGGGUGUACCAGGAGUCCCUGGUAUGAAUGGACAGAAAGGGGAAAUGGGAUAUGGUGCUCCUGGUCGUCCAGGUGAGAGGGGUCUUCCAGGCCCUCAGGGUCCCAUGGGACCACCUGGCCCUCCUGGAGUGGGAAAAAGAGGUGAAAAUGGGGUUCCAGGACAGCCAGGCAUCAAAGGUGAUAGAGGUUUUCCGGGAGAAAUGGGACCAACUGGCCUACCAGGUCCCCAAGGCCCUCCUGGGGAACGAGGGCCAGAAGGCAUUGGAAAGCCAGGAGCUGCUGGAGCCCCGGGCCAACCAGGAAUUCCAGGAACAAAAGGUCUCCCUGGGGCUCCAGGAAGAACUGGGCCCCCAGGGCCUCCUGGCUUUGGGAAACCAGGCUUGCCAGGUCUGAAGGGACAAAGAGGACCUGCUGGCCUUCCUGGGGGUCCAGGUGCCAAAGGGGAACAAGGGCCAGCAGGUCUUCCUGGGAAGCCAGGUCUGACUGGACCCCCUGGGAAUAUGGGACCCCAAGGACCAAAAGGCAUCCCAGGCAACCAUGGUCUCCCAGGUCCUAAAGGUGACACAGGGCCAUCUGGGCCUGCAGGAUACCCUGGGCCUAAGGGUGAAAGGGGUUUCCCUGGGUCAGGUGGAAAACCAGGGUAUCCAGGAGAACCAGGUCUCAGUGGACCUAAGGGUAACCCAGGGCUACCAGGCCCAAAAGGUGAUCCUGGAGAUGGAGGCCCUCCUGGUCUCCCAGGCCCUGUGGGUCCAGGAGGAGCUAAGGGAAUGCCGGGACACAGUGGAGAGGCUGGUCCAAGAGGUGCCCCUGGAAUACCAGGUACUAGAGGCCCUAUUGGGCCACCAGGCAUUCCAGGUUUCCCUGGGUCUAAAGGGGAUCCAGGAAAUCCUGGUCCUCCUGGCCCAGCUGGCGUAGCAACUAAGGGCCUCAGUGGACCCACUGGGCCACCAGGGCCUCCAGGUCCAAGAGGCCACUCUGGAGAGCCUGGCCUUCCAGGGCCCCCUGGCCCCCCUGGCCCACCAGGUCAAGCAGUCAUGCCUGAAGGUUUUAUAAAGGCAGGCCAAAGGCCCAGUCUUUCUGGGAUGCCACUUGUUAGUGCCAACCAGGGAGUAACAGGAAUGCCUGUGUCUGCUUUUACCGUUAUUCUCUCCAAAGCUUACCCAGCAAUAGGAACUCCCAUCCCAUUUGAUAAGAUUUUGUAUAACAGGCAACAGCAUUAUGACCCAAGGACUGGAAUUUUUACUUGUAGGAUACCAGGAAUAUACUAUUUUUCCUACCAUGUGCAUGUGAAAGGGACUCAUGUUUGGGUAGGCCUGUAUAAGAAUGGCACCCCUGUAAUGUACACCUAUGAUGAAUAUAUCAAAGGCUACCUGGAUCAGGCUUCAGGGAGUGCCAUCAUUGAUCUCACAGAAAAUGACCAGGUGUGGCUCCAGCUGCCCAAUGCCGAGUCAAACGGCCUAUACUCCUCUGAGUAUGUCCACUCCUCUUUCUCAGGAUUCCUAGUGGCUCCAAUGUGAGUACACCCCACAGAGCUAAUGUAAAUCUUCUGCUUGAAAAGGCAUUCUCCAACUCUUCCCUACCCUACAAAAUGCAUAUGGAGGUAGGCUGAAAAGAACAUAAUUUUUAUUUCUGAAAUACAUAUUUGGGUUAUCAGACCAACAAAACUUCCCCCUGAAAAGUGAGCAGCAAUGUAAAAACACAUGUGAAGACCCUCUUGAAUUUCUAGUCAGCAAUCUUUUAAAGUUUCUUUGAACUCCUCCAAUAUUUAAAAAUAUCACCAAAGAAGUCCUGCUAUGUUAAAAAAAAAAAACUAUUAAAAGAAAAAAAAUGAAAUACAGCUCUAAGUGAUGUGAAGUUUGAUUUGAGAAACUCAACAUUUCCUUUUUUAAAAAACCUGUUUCUAACUACUAAUAUGAGAACUUCUUAGGAAACAUUCAGGAGGUAUCAUAACUUUGUAGAACUUAAAUACUUGAAUAUUCAAAUUUAAAAGACACUGUAUCCCCUAAAGUAUUUCUGAUGGUGCAUUACUCUGAGGGCUAUAUGGCCCCUUUCAUCAAUGUCUAUAAAAUAUACAGGUGCAUGUAUACUUUUAAAGCUCUUAUAUUAAAAAAAACCCCAAAAUAUUAUAUUGAAGUUCAUCUGAAAUGCAAGGUGCUUUCAUCAAUGAAUCUUUUCAAAAUUUUCUGUGACUGCAGAGAAGCUUUUUAUAUACCCAGCACAAAUUGGAAACAGAUAUCUGACCUAUUCCUAUUUAUUUAACAAAAAUGUGAUUAAUCUGACUUCUUUCAUUCCUUAUUGGAUCUUAUGUGAUACGAUGUUCUGGAUUUACAGAACAUUAGCACAUGUACCUUGUGCCUCCCAUUCAAGUGAAGUUAUAAUUAACAUUGAGGGUUUCAAAAAAUUGACUAGAAGUGGAGAUACAUUAUUUAUUUAUGCUCUGUACUGUAUUUUUAUAUUGCUGUUUAAAACUUUAAAGCUGUGCCUCACUUAUUAAAGCACAAAAUAUCUUACCUACUCCUUAUUUACGAUACAAUAAAAUAACAUCAAUAGAUUUUUAUGUUGAAUUAAUUUGAAAGCAGCAAUUUGCUGUUCUCAAUCAUUCUUUUAAGGCUUUUCAUUUUUUAAAGCUAAUAAAAAAGUAGAACAGUAAAGUGGUGGGUGGCUUUUACAGUUGUCAUGGAUAUGUUCCUAUACUGGGGAUGAAUAUUCAUUCCCACAGACCCAAGCACUAAGGGUAGACCCGUGAAAAGGUACCCACAAAGCCACAUGCAAUCUGAGUCAGGGUCAAGGGCUGAUGACUAGGCAUAGAAAAAUGAGACAAUCACCCCAAAGUUGUAAUUUUCUUCUGGGAGGGAAAGAAGCAGGUGACAGAGAAAUAUGCCAUUUGAACAAAUAUUCUGCAGUUACUAUUUACUGUCUUGACAUGUUUUUAGUCCUAAUAUGUAAAAUUGUUUUGAUGGCUUGAAUUACAUUUUAAAAAGGCAAGCAAUUUUUUAUGUCAAUCAAAAGGCAACAUUUUUUCCAAGCUGAAAAAUAUGACUCUUGAGCAUCCAUCAUCCUAUUAAUCAGGACAAUGUGGCUCAAGUCACUGAAGUAACAUACUAUAAAGGCAUCUAUUCAUUCCUUAAAAGCAAUCUUGUGUAAUCCAAGCGAAGGUGUGAUUAGAAAGGUAAAAUGCAGGGCUCAAGAUUGGUGUUAUCUCUGCCCCCAUUCUCCAUCAGUCAAUCUUGUUCCUUAGGCAACAAGAACAAAAUUUCUGCUGGCAUUCAUUUUGCCCACAUGUCUAUAACUACUACAUUAAUGGUUACAAGUCACCAACCCUCAGGCCCAAGCCAGGAAAAAGCAAAACUGAAACUUCAAUUCUGAGGAACUCACAGAACGAACCUCAUGGGAGGCAUGGUAAAAGAGAGUAUAACAGCACAGUACAGCUUGGAAUAUGGGCAAUUAUAACCAUGAAAGAAGUGCAAAUAAAAUGACCUCUGAAAAUGUAAGCAGAACGAACUUUAAAUUAAUAUUUAAGCUCAAAUUAAAUCCUAAGUAAGAUACAUAGCAAAGCACGUACUUUUUAACUAAUUCACCAGACAAACGUAGUUUAACAAACAUGUAUCAGGAAGCCCCUCUUUACGAUACUCACCCUUAAAAGCUGACAUUUUAUAAUUGUGUUGUAUAGCAGCAACUAUAUCCUUCCAAAAAUCAAAUGUUUUUUGACCAUUGUUCUGCUGAAAAAAUAAUUCCAAAUGUAAUAAAUGCAAUAAUUCAGCUUUUAAGCAUAGUGAAAAAUGCUGGCAAAUACAAUUCAGACAGUCCCUGACUUAAGAUGGUUAGGCUUAUAUUUUUUUUAUUUUAUGAUGGUGGAAAUGUGAUAAAGAUUCCGUAGAAACUUUACUUCAAGUACCCAUACAACCAUUCUGUGUUUCACUUUUAGUACAGUAUUCAAUAAAUCACAUGAGAUAUUCAA